AUGGCCGUCAUCAGCAAAUUGCUGCCUGUGGCAGCCGUCUUGUUCGGUUGCGUGAGUCCCGCUACCGCUCUAGCUGUUCCUGAGCCUGCGGACAGAUGGGACGUACACUAUCAUGUUGACCUUGGCUCUCGUUUGACCUCCAAAGGUCUUGCCCCGGUCCCGGAAGAGGCUGGUAAGAAUGCCUCGGCAGUUCUUGCGGAGCGCGGACAGGAAGACGGCGCGGAUUGUGACUGUAAAGUUCACACAGUCUACAUGACGCAGGAGCAUUACGACCAGAUUCAGCGUGAGGGUGAAGGACACCCAAGCCCGUCUACUCAUAAGAACACUGGUGAGAACGGAAAUGGAAAGUCUGGAGAGAAUGGAAGACAUAACGAGGCUGGAACGCAUGGAAAGGGCGGCAACCACGGGGAGAGUGGAAAACGCCGGGAGAACGAAACACACGGAGAGAAUGAAACAUACGGAGAGAACGGCAACUACGGCAACAAAGGAUAUUACAGCGAGAAUGGAAACCACGGCAAGAAUGUGAAUGGCACGGCCAGGCACCAAGUCCAACGGGGAGACCAGGGCGAUCGAAGACCUGAAGGUCGGUACGGUCCUCAAGGCCCCCAGGGCGAUCAAGACCGCCAAGGCUUUUGGGGCCCUAACGGUGGCCAUGGUGAUCAAUGGCCCCAGGUUGACGAAGGACCCCAAGGUCCUCGAGGUCCCAAGGGCGACCAGGGUGAUCGAGGGCUUCAAGGUUUGACUGGUCCCCAAGGCCCGCAGGGCAAUCGCGGUCCCCAAGGUUUUACAGGCCCGCAGGGCAAUCGCGGUCCCCAAGGUUUUACAGGCCUGCAGGGCAAUCGUGGUCCCCAAGGUCCUCAGGGUCUGCCUGGCACAGAUGGCACAGAUGGUGCAGAUGGUGCAGAUGGAGCUGUAGGCCCUGUAGGCCCUAUUGGCCCCAUUGGACCUAUUGGACUUACUGGUCCCAUUGGACCUAUUGGUCUCACCGGUCCUGCUGGUGCAGAUGGUGCAGAUGGUGCAGAUGGUGUAGAUGGUGCUAUAGGCCCUAUUGGUCCUAUUGGCCCUAUUGGUCUUACCGGUCCUGCUGGUCCUGCUGGUGCAGAUGGUGCAGAUGGCGCAGAUGGAGCUGUAGGCCCCAUUGGCCCUAUUGGCCCCAUUGGACCUAUUGGUCUUACUGGUCCUGCUGGUGCAGAUGGUAUAGAUGGAGCUAUAGGUCCUAUUGGUCUUACUGGUCCUAUUGGCCCUAUUGGACCUAUUGGUCUUACUGGUCCUGCUGGUGCAGAUGGUAUAGAUGGAGCUGUAGGCCCUAUUGGCCCUAUUGGUCCUAUUGGUCUUACUGGUCCUAUUGGCCCCAUUGGACCUAUUGGUCUUACUGGUCUUACCGGUCCUGCUGGUGCAGAUGGUGUAGAUGGAGCUAUAGGACCUAUUGGCCCUGUUGGCCCCAUUGGUCCUAUUGGUCUUACUGGUCCUAUUGGCCCCAUUGGUCUUCCUGGUCUUCCUGGUCUUAUUGGCCCUAUUGGACCUAUUGGUCUUACUGGUCCUGCUGGUGCAGAUGGUGUAGAUGGAGCUAUAGGACCUAUUGGCCCUAUUGGCCCCAUUGGCCCUAUUGGUCUUACCGGUCCUGCUGGUGCAGAUGGUGUAGAUGGAGCUGUAGGACCUAUUGGCCCUAUUGGCCCUAUUGGCCCUAUUGGCCUUACCGGUCCUGCUGGUGCAGAUGGUGUAGAUGGAGCUGUAGGACCUAUUGGCCCUAUUGGCCCCAUUGGCCCUAUUGGUCUUACCGGUCCUGCUGGUGCAGAUGGUGUAGAUGGAGCUAUAGGACCUAUUGGCCCCAUUGGCCCCAUUGGUCUUACCGGUCCUGCUGGUGCAGAUGGUGCAGAUGGUGUAGAUGGAGCUGUAGGCCCCAUUGGCCCUAUUGGCCCCAUUGGCCCUAUUGGUCUUACCGGUCCUGCUGGUCCUGCUGGUGCAGAUGGUGCAGAUGGCGCAGAUGGAGCUGUAGGCCCCAUUGGCCCUAUUGGCCCCAUUGGCCCCAUUGGUCUUACCGGUCCUGCUGGUGCAGAUGGUCCUGCUGGUCCUGCUGGUCCUGCUGGUCCUGCUGGUCCUGCUGGUGCGCAAGGCAUUCAAGGACUGCCGGCUGGUUCUGCCGAUUAUGACUAUAUUGGCUGCUUUACGUCACCCUUGGACGGAACGAAUGGCCUGACGACGGCCUUUGCCUCUUUUAAUGACAUAACGUCUGUUGAUGACUGCGCCACUCGGUGCGCUACAUUUCGUCCCGGCAACCCUGCCCUGUACUUCACACUGGCAACAGUAGGUGUAAAUUCUGUUUGCUCAUGCGGAGACGCGAUUGUGGCCGAUGCCACCACCAACGACGGCCACAAUGUAUGCAACUCGCAAUGCACUUUCCCGGGCCUUAAUGGGCGCCCAGUCUUUUGCGGUGGCACAAACUUGGUAUCCGUCUUUGCUUCAGUUUAG